UAAAGUUUUAGACCAAAAGCAAAAGCAGACAGCAACAUUUCAUCCUCCUGAAAGUUUCCUGAGGCCAUAAUUUAACAAAAAUUUGAUGAUGUGGCAGUUGAAAGUUCAGAGAGAACAAGUUGAGGCUGUAGUAGGAGUUAUUCUGAGGAUUCCAUCAUUGGUUUUGGCAGAGUUGUGGUUCAGAACAAGUCCAGAAAAGUUGACAGAUCAACCGGAUGAUGUUACUUUUAUCAUCACAGUUAUUUAUUAUCUAAGUUUAUUUUUUGCACUAGCGCUAGCUGCACUACCAUUAAAGAAUCUGGUUUACCUGUACAUUUAUACUUUAUGUGCAGGGUUAGUAUGUUUUAAUUGGUACAUGUCUCAUCUGUUUGUGUCGACAGAGUUAUCUCAAGAAAGUCAAAGUUCAACCUUCUUGGCAGAUUCAUCAGAAACUCAGAGAGUACUUCUCCACUUGUUGGCACAGUGUAUUACAUCAGCAUUUAUAUGUUACUUACUUGAAAUUACCAAUUGGACAAGGUUUAUUUUUCUUGCUUUUGUAUUGCCAGUUAUUGCCAAAAUCAUGGGAAUGCCUUCUGAUGUAACCUCAGGGGUACAUAAUUUUUCAACGAUUUUCACAAUUUUACUGGUAGCAUUUACAGUGUUUAAUAACCUGAGUGACACAUUUGAGACUGUUAGAGUGUUGUUACGGAAACUGUCGGAAGCAGUAACAGAGUUUGGUUGGAUUCCAGUUAUCUUAGCUUCAUGGAACACGCUUCAUGUUGGAAUACAACUUUUGAUAUUUUGGAUUUACAUGUUCAUUUCACAUAUUUAUGUCUUCUUUAAAGUCGGAAACAGCAUGAUUAUAAAAGAAGGAUUUAGCAUGAUAUUUCUAGCUGUGGUUGGUGAAUGUUGUGCCACACCCAUCAGCCUCCUGGCUUUGAGUGUUACUGUAUCCUACUUUUCAUACUUCAUAUUAACUUUUACUAAAAUAUUUCUCCAAGGAUGGAGAGGAUACAUGAAUGAUAAUGAUACCUUCAGAGGUUGGACUGAAGGAGGAACAAUGUUACUGAUAGCAUUUCAGACCGGUUUGACAGAUUUGAAGCCAUUACAAAGGACAUUCUUAAUGAGCAUCCUGCUGUUCAUUGUGGUUUCUUCAUUAAUUGAAUCAAUGUAUGAAGUUGCUGAUCCAAUUUUGCUGUCACUUAGUGCAGCACAUAACAGAAAUAUUUUUAAGCAUGUUAGAGCAGUGUUACUGUUUACUUUCCUUUGGAUGUUUCCAUUAUACAUGACGUACAGCAUCUGUCAGUACUUCACGUUAGAUUUUUGGCUGUUAGUAAUUAUAUCGAGUGGAAUCCUUACAACUUUCCAAGCCAUUGGUUCCUUGACUGUGUAUAGUUUAUUUAUAUAUGAUUCUCUGAGAGAGAACUCUUGGGAAAAACUUGACGAUGUGAUAUACUACACUCGUGCAACUGUACGUGUCUUUGAAUUUCUCGUUGCUCUUUUUGUUGUAUGCUUUGGACUGAAGGAAACCUUAGUUGGACAUUGGAGUUUGAUUAAUUCUGCAAUUUUAAUAAUUCAUUGUUAUUUCAAUGUUUAUAAAAGAUUAGAGACUGGAUGGAAAACAUUUUUGUUAAGGAGAGAAGCAGUAUCUAGAGUAGAAUCUUUACCUCAGGCAACCGAAGAACAAUUGAAUUCAUUAAGUGAUGUAUGCCCUAUUUGUUUUUCUACCAUGACCCAAGCUAAAGUGACUCCAUGUAAUCAUUUCUUCCAUGCGACAUGUCUUCGUAAGUGGUUAUAUGUUAAAGACACCUGUCCGAUGUGUCACAAGAAAAUAGAAGUGAGAAGAAAUGAUAAUAAUCAGACUGGCAUUGUUGUAGAGAAUAAUUAUGUUCAUAAUUUGAUGGAAAGAGAUGAUGAUUUAACAGAAGAGAGUGAUACCAGUGAGUCUGACAAUGAAUCUGAUGGAAGUACUGAGAUCCUAGAGGAGGACCAUGAUCAGAUCAUUGACAAUGUAGAGGCAGAAAGAGCUGCAUUGCAAACAAUUCAAAAUAAUGAAGCAUGAGACAUGUAUCAUGUCUUGGGAAAUCAAAAGGUGAAGGUUUAUUAAAUCAAAAUUUCCAGGUUUAUCUGGAGUCAAAUACUUCGUGAUUUAUAAUAUAGAUGUUAUAAUAUGAUACACCCCCAUAUGUAUGAACUGUAAAAUGUUUGUAUUUUUGCAUGGGAAACAGCAACUAUAAAAAUAAACAUGCUCAAACCAUGCAAUCUUCAUAAAUUCACCAUUAGAAUAAUGAAAAUAGCAAAUUUUAUCUGAAAUAUAGACACGAUAAAUGACACAUAUGCUAUUUUAAUAAUCCGGACACUGACAUAAAACUUAUUUUUUUAAAACAGAAUGCAGUGCUAGAUCUAUGUUUUAGGUAUUACAAUAUACAUGAUAUACAUGACAUAUGUGCUGAAAAAUUCUAUAUCAUUGAUACAACAUUUUAAUGUUAUCGCACCACAGGUAAAUUAAUCAAAUUAUUUUUUUCAGUAUAAUCUUGAGUAUAAUAGUUGAAUCUUCUGAAAAAUGUCAAAAUACAAUAAAAAGUCCACAUGAUUGCAUUGUGCAUAGAAAUCUUAUUUUUUUUUUUAAAUGUUUUUAAAUAUGUAUACUUGAAUGAUUGAUAAAGCAAAACAAAAAUUUUAGUGGCAAUAGCAUAUCAUUUUUAAAGAAAAUUUGUAGGGGAGAUGAAUACAAAGUCAAGUUAUUCAAUGUUUUGAGAUAUUAACAUUCACUCUAUACAUUUGUACUUCUAUCUGUAGGAUAUUCCAUUUGUUUUGUCUCAUAUAAUGUAUAAAAGCUACAUUUAUAA